CACGGAGCGGCGUGCUUCCGGGUCCCUGGCGCGCUGCACGUUGGGAGGCUGGAGCGAGUCGGAGCGCGCCGUCGGACGAUUUGACCACAUACAGCCUCAGUUAUGUCCAUUGGCGUGCCGAUUAAAGUUCUGCAUGAAGCAGAGGGUCAUAUUGUGACCUGUGAGACCAACACUGGCGAAGUAUACCGGGGCAAACUCAUUGAGGCAGAGGACAACAUGAAUUGCCAGAUGUCCAACAUCACAGUGACCUACAGGGAUGGCCGUGUGGCACAGUUAGAGCAGGUGUAUAUUCGCGGGAGCAAAAUAAGGUUCCUUAUCUUGCCAGAUAUGCUGAAAAAUGCACCAAUGUUGAAAAGUAUGAAGAAUAAAAACCAAGGUUCUGGGGCCGGAAGAGGCAAAGCAGCUAUUCUUAAAGCCCAGGUGGCUGCAAGAGGAAGAGGACGUGGAAUGGGGCGUGGCAACAUUUUUCAGAAGCGGCGAUAAAGUGGCUUUGGUGAAUUGAAAAUUGUUCUAGCAGCUAUUGGGUCUGGCAUUUGGUGCUUCAAUAAACGUGUUUCUUACAAAA